AUGUACGAAGUUGAGUUCAAUGAUGGUGCUAUCAAGGAAUAUGGCGCGACAACUAUUGCCAAAAACAUUCUAACCCAAGUUGAUGACGAUGGAUUCUCUAGCCCAAUGCUCAAAGCAAUCGUGGACUGGAGGAAAGAUCCAAAGACAGCUGUGAGAAAGAAGGACCAGUAUGUCCAAUCUCAUAGUGGCAGACGUCAACGUAAGACCACAAAGGGUUGGGAGCUUAAGAUUCUCUGGAGUGAUGACAGCUACAGUUGGAUUGAUUUGAAGUAUAUGAAAGAAUCAAACCCUGUCAAUGUGGCCGAGUUCGCAGUUGCAAAGAAGAUUGAUAACGAACCUGCCUUCAAAUGGUGGGUACCAUACACUAUUCGCAAGCGAGAUGUCAUUAUUUCAGCAGUGAAAUCAAGAGCAAGAAAGACCACACACAAGUACGGUGCUGAGUUACCAACUAGUGUGGCACAUGCAAAGAGACUUGAUGCUCAAAAUGGAAACAACCUGUGGAUCACAGCGUUGCAAUUGGAAAUGACGCAGCUUGGUAUUGCGAUUGAGUUACAAGACCAUGGGAUUCAAGCUCCACCAGGAUGGUCCAAAGUAUCAGGACACCUGGUCUGGGAUGUAAAGAUUGACUUCACCCGGAAGGCUAGAUGGGUCCUAGAUGGACACAAGACGCCUGAUCCAACUUGUUCUCAAUAUGCUGGAGUGGUGUCAAGAGAGAGAGUGCGCAUUGCGUUCACCUACGCUGCAUUGAAUGAUCUCGAAGUAUGCGUGGUGGACAUUAGAAAUGCAUACCUCCAAGCCCCGUCAUCACAGAAGGAUUAUAUCGUUUGUGGCCCAGAGUUUGGAUUGGAAAACGUUGGCAAGGUUGCUCUAAUUCACUGUGCAAUUUAUGGCGGCAAAACUGCUGGACGCAAUUUCAGAAAUCAUCUACGUGCUUGUAUGCGACACCUGGGAUUCAAGUCUUGCCCGGCCGACCCGGAUGUUUGGAUGAGGCCUGCUAUUAAAGCCGAUGGACAAGAAUAUUGGGAAUACAUACUGCUGUACACCGAUGACUGCCUCCGUGUAUCUGAACAUCCAGAACAAACGCUACGAAACCAAGUUGGGAAGUAUUUUCUGUUGAAAGAUAAGAGCAUUGGUCCACCAAAGAUCUAUCUUGGCGGUAAUGUGCGACAGGUGACGCUUGAUCACGGUGCCAAAGCUUGGGCAUUUGGAUCAUCAUCUUACGUACAACAAGCCGUCAAGAAUGUUGAAAAGUACCUGAAUGAUUGUCACACCGCUGGUGACAAAAGAUUCAAAAUACCUGCAAGCGCCAGGACACCAAUGCGGACCAGUUAUCAAGCCGGAGCUGGAGCCAAAAGAUGCUUUGUACUACAUGUCUUGAAUAUAUUCGGUUACUUAAAGAAGCACCACAAUGCUGAGUUGGUGUUUGACCCUAGUUAUCCUGAGAUUGACAAAGCUGCUUUUGCCAGAAAGGAUUGGUCAACAAGCGAGUUUGGUCACUUGGAAGGCAAAGAAGUGUUGCCCCCAAAAGCACCAAAGCCCAGAGGUUGUGGCUUUAUCACAAGAGCAAAAGUGGAUGCAGAUCAUGCAGCCAACAUUGUGACAAGUUGA